AUAGUAAACUAGCACGUCACUCAGAUAAUUUUCUAAUUAUUUUAUUGUUGUUUUCUUGAAAAUAUGAAAAGUAGACUUCUUUUAGCAUUGUGUUUUGUUUUACUAUUGAGUGACGGUGCAUUGUCGGAAGGUGAACAUGAUAUCAAGAGGGGCGUUUAUCCCUUCAUGGCCUUCCUAUACUAUCCUGACGAGAACGUGGUAGAAGCAACAGGCGAGCGGUUCCUCCGCGGGGCCGUGUUAGUCAAGCCAGAGUGGCUGGUUUCCUCUACCGUGGGGUCCAUGGUGGUUAACGGGGUCCCACUCGGCUUCCCCCGCAAGACUUUGAUGGCGAGACUUGGCACAGUGUCCAUUGACACUAACUUCACUUUGAAUGAAGACGAAGAUGAGCAAGAAAGAGAGGUGAUACAAAUCGUUCGACCACAUAACCACAGCGCGACACAGUGGUGGCAAGACGACAUCAGCCUGCUGAAGACAUUGUUGCCUUUCAACGUGACCACCGCCGUGGCCAUCGCCACCAUACGCUCGAAGCCUGUCGAUGUCAGCAGCACCUGCUUUAUCUUAGUGUUUGCUAAAAGAUAUAGCAACUCCACUGAAGAGAAGCUUCUAAUGCAACUCUACGUUGACCCACUACCAGCCUCCAUCGAAAACUGUGGCCAGCACUUCUCUGAGGCAACCAUGCUGUGCGCCAAUGAUAGCGAUGAAAACAAAAAUGCAGUUUACGACCCUGAGUUUUGCCAAGGAAACAGCGGGGGCCCUCUGGUAUGCGAGAACGAAGUUGCUGGAAUUCAAACUUACAUCGAAAAUAACUGCAAGCAACCACAUCUCUAUCAACUGCUGUCUACUCGGGACAAUUUCAUCACGUGCGGUAUCGAAGACAAAUGCAACGAAGAGAACUGUGGAAACAUGUGCAUGCUCAUCAACAAAGACGACCCAAUCGUAGACGAGCCAACGACUCCAGCCGUAAUGAACUUAGUCUCGGCAGAAGUAACGACGGUGACCGAAGAAAUAACAAUCCCUGUUCAUACUUCUUCAGAGAGCACUGAUGAUGAUGAAGUUUCUACACAGUUGCCUACACUGACAGCUGCGACUCUAAAGAGAAUAACGGUAGAUACUACUACUACCACAGCUGCUACUACUAUAGUCACAACAACGACGACUACUACUAGUGAACCUUCAACGUCGAUCACGAGCGAAGAAACAGAGGAGGUCUCAUGGCCGAAAGAGAAAUAUCCCGAACGCAUGAAAGGUUUCGAAGAGGAAGAAAAUAAAAUUGAAAGAAAGACCAGCGUGGAAGCUCAGCGCCAGGACGUAAAGGUUAAAGCGAAGCGGAGCGGCGCUGCUGAGAGAAACUUGUGCUUAUUCCAAAGUGUAUUUAGUCUGUUGAUUUUGGCUAAUUUGAUGUAA